CGUGGCCUCGGGGCGGGCCGGCAACAUGGCGGAGGCGGAAGGGGAGAGCCUGGAGUCGUGGCUGAAUAAAGCCACUAACCCGUCUAACAGGCAAGAAGACUGGGAAUACAUCAUCGGAUUCUGUGACCAGAUCAACAAAGAACUUGAAGGGCCACAGAUAGCUGUGAGACUCCUGGCUCAUAAAAUCCAGUCGCCGCAGGAAUGGGAGGCGGUCCAAGCCUUGACAGUGCUGGAAGCUUGUAUGAAGAAUUGUGGCAGAAGAUUUCAUAACGAAGUAGGGAAGUUUCGCUUUUUAAACGAGUUAAUAAAAGUUGUGUCUCCGAAGUACCUGGGAGACCGGGUCUCAGAGAAGGUGAAGACCAAAGUCAUUGAAUUGCUGUAUAGCUGGACGGUGGCAUUGCCAGAAGAAUCCAAAAUCAAGGAUGCCUACUACAUGUUGAAGCGACAAGGGAUCGUUAUGUUUGAUCCUGUGAUUCCUGCAGACAGAACCCUGAUUCCCUCUCCACCGCCUCGUCCCAAAAACCCUGUGUUUGAUGAUGAGGAGAAAUCCAAGCUUCUAGCCAAACUGCUGAAAAGCAAAAACCCAGAUGAUUUACAAGAGGCCAACAAGCUUAUAAAAUCCAUGGUAAAAGAGGAUGAGGCUCGGAUUCAAAAAGUGACGAAACGCAUGCACACACUGGAGGAAGUAAAUAACAAUGUGAAGCUGCUGAAUGAGAUGUUGGUUCAUUACAGCAAAGAGGACUCAUCAGAGGCCGAUAGAGAGCUCAUGAAGGAGCUCUAUGAAAGGUGUGAAACCAAAAGACGGACGUUAUUCAAGCUGGCCAGUGAGACAGAGGAUAAUGACAGCAGUUUGGGGGAUAUUCUGCAGGCCAGUGACAAUUUAUCCCGUGUGAUAAAUUCCUAUAAAAAAAUAAUAGAAGGGCAAGUGAUCAAUGGUGAAGUGGAUCUCUCCGGGAUGUCUGUGGUGGAAGGGAGUAACUCCACAAGUCACCUCAACACCCUCAUUGACCUUGGUGGACUGGACGUCACCAGCACCCCGCCACCUCCAGUGCCACCCACCACCCUGACGCCAGCCCCCACAGCAGCCCCAGCAGAAAUCCCCAUUCUCCCACCUCCUCCCCAGACCUUUGCCCAGUUGCGGAGCGGUUCCUCUGGCCAAGUGGAAGCUGCAGCCACUCAGCAGAGCAGCACGACCAACUCCCUCUCCCUGCUGGAUGAGGAGCUUCUGUGCUUAGGCCUGAAUGACCCAGCCCCUACAGCAGCAAAGGAGACAUCAGAAAACAACCAGUGGAGCAUGUUUGAGAACGACCAGUUGGACCUGGAUUUCUUUAAUCCGAAGACGGUGACUGGCGCUUGCAACCCUGCAGGGACCCCUCUUCUCCAUCCCACAUCACAGACCACGUGUGGAACGUCGGUGACGCUGCCUCCUGCUUUCACAGCCUCUCAGACUGCUCCCAGCAUCCCAGUACCAAACACGGCACCAUUUGUAUUCUCUGCUGGACCAGCUGCCCCUGCGGGGCCUCCUAAGACUAUUCCAGCUGCUCCUGGGUACUUCAGCUCACCUGUGGGGAGCAAUAUGUCACACAAGAUGGAUGCAUUGGGACAACUCCUUGAAGAAGCCAAAGGGACUGCCACCCAAGGCAUGGCGACACCCUCGGUGUUCCCUGGGGUUACUUUGCCAACCGCUGUCACCUCUGCCCCGUUAAUAGCCCCUGCAGGGCUGCCAGCCACUGCCCCUGGAGCCCCUCCGGUUCCUUUCCCAAGCACCUGCACUGCUGGCUCGGGAAGUCCUCUCUUCCAGCCGGCAUCAUUCCAGCAGCAAGGCAGUCCCAUGAAAGCACCUGAAAUUUCUUUGGCCAAUGUCCAUGUGCCCUUGGAAUCCAUUAAACCCAGCAGUGCCCUCCCAGUGACAGCCUACGACAAGAACGGCUUCCGGAUCCUCUUGCACUUUGCCAGGGAGUGCCCGCCGGGGAGGUCGGAUGUGCUGGUGGUGGUGGUCUCCAUGCUGAACACGGCACCGCUUCCUGUGAAGAACAUCGUGCUGCAGGCUGCUGUGCCCAAGUCCAUGAAAGUGAAGUUACAACCACCCUCUGGCACAGAGCUGUCUCCAUUCAAUCCCAUCCAGCCACCUGCUGCCAUCACCCAAGUCAUGCUUCUGGCAAAUCCUACGAAGGAGAAAGUGAGGCUGAGAUACAGACUGACCUUCACCCUGGGAGACCAGCCCAGUACAGAGGUUGGCGAAGUGGAUCAGUUUCCCCCGGUAGAGCAGUGGGGGAACCUAUGACCUCAGGACACUGCCAGAGACUGUGUGACAGGACCAGGGAAGGAUCCCGCGGGACUGGGAUGAAUGUGAGGUGGGGAGGGACGCACACGCUAUCCACUGGUGACGUUCAGCUUUGUUUACAUGUCCUGACCACUCCGCUUGUAGCUUUAGUCCAGAAUGUUUUGCCCCACCUGGAAGGGGUCCUGGGACAUUUCUGCCAAGCAUGAACUGAGCGGGCAGCCAGCCACAGGCAGCGCCGCCUGCUUUUAUCUUGACCUCGGGGUGAAUCUGGUUCUUAUCUUCCACUCUAUUAAACUUGAAGUUAUUGUAUUUUAGGG